AUGCUGGUAACCUAUUUGGAAGCCAGCCGGGACCUUUGCGAGACGGACUCAGUUCUUUUUGGCGCCGCAGUGGCAGCUUGCCGUAUUAUUGGCGCCAGACUUCCCAUGGCUGGACGCGCUACUAAACAAAGUAGCGCCAUCCCAGCCUGGAGAAAAAGAAUUGAGGACCGUAUCGCAAAGGCAAGGGCCCUUAUCGGCAGACUGAUAAGCUUCAGGUCGGGUAAUAAUAGACCGAGGGUUGUGCGCACCGUUAGAAUGGCGUUUGCUGGGACAAAUAUCAGUUUGUCCCAGCCGGAUAUCACGCAGAAACUAACGGAGCGCAUAGACGACCUGAAGCAAAAGAUUGCUGCUUGGGGGAAGCGGAUUCGCCGAUUUACUGAGAGGUCAAGGCGGUUCAACCAGAAUCGUCUCUUCCAGAGUGAUCAGAAGAGGCUCUACAAAUCAUUGGAGCGACCAGAGGUAUGUGGAGCGGGCCCAGGACCGGACCAGGCUAACACUGUCGCAUUUUGGCGUGGCCUGUGGUCAGAACCCGUAAACCACAGCGAGGGCCCUUGGACGGAAGUUGUGGCGAGUCAGUGUGCGAGGAUUACGCCCAUGGACCCCGUCAUCAUAACGCCGGAUGACGUAGCUGAGGCGGUCCGUAGAGCCCCGAACUGGAAAAGUCCGGGACUCGACGGACUGCAUCACUACUGGCUGAAGGGGUUCAUGGUGUGUCACGCUGUGCUCGCCCGUCAGUUUCAAGAGGCUCUCAACCAGAAGUCGCUCCCUAGCCUCUUCACUACUGGGAUCACUCAUUUGGUUCCUAAAGACCAGAAGCAAAGAAAGAAACAUUUACAAAGAAAAUGGACUGAUAAAUCAGAAUAUAUUAGUGUCUCACCCUAG